AUGAAGAUUGGCAAGCCAAAGUCAAAGCGCGUGCCCGUGCGGCUGCGCCAUAAGAUUGAGAAGGCCUCUGCGGCCAAACAACGCAAGGCGAAGAAGAUUGCGAAGAAGAACCCGGAAUGGCGAUCGAAAACGAAGAAGGAUCCCGGCAUCCCCAACCUCUUUCCAUACAAGGACAAGAUCUUAGCCGAAGUUGAAGAACAGCGGAGGAAGAAGGAGGAAGAAAAGGCGCGCCUGAAGGAGCUGGCUAGACAACAAAGAUCGGGAGGCACAGAAACAGCGGGCGCUAUGGAUGACGAAGACUCGGAUUUUGAGGCAUUCGACGCUGAAGGUGACGAGCUUCUCGCUGACGACAGCGAAGAUGAGGAUUCUAUGCAAGUGGACUGCUCCAGCUCGAACCCUAUGGCUGCUCUGCUAGCUUCCGCAAAAGCACGAGCCGCAGAGUUUGAUCAGAGUAAUGAUGCAGAUGCCAUGGACGACGACGACUCCGGGGAAGAGUCCGAUCAAGAGGGUGCUGCACAUGUUCGCAAAGACACAUCAAGAAAGCAAUUCGACAAGGUGUAUAAGCAAGUUGUCGACUCCGCAGAUGUUGUGUUAUAUGUCCUAGACGCCCGAGAUCCAACUGGAACGCGUUCAAAAGAGGUGGAACAAGCUGUCAUGGCGGCAGACCACUCAAGUAAACGCUUGAUCUUCAUACUCAACAAGAUCGAUCUAGUGCCACCGCCCGUCUUGAGAGCCUGGCUUGUUCAUCUACGCCGGUCGUUCCCGACGUUGCCUCUACGCGCCUCAAAAUCUGCAGCGAAUGCGAAAACUUUUGAACACAAGGAUCUUACUAUCAAGGGAACCUCCGAGACACUCUUCAAAGCACUCAAGACAUUUGCAGAGUCUCGGCAGCUGAAGCGCUCAGUAAAGGUUGGCAUCAUCGGAUACCCCAAUGUUGGCAAAUCAUCCGUUAUCAAUGCCUUGAGCCAGAGAAUGGGGGGCAAGGCUGCUGGAUGCCCAACAGGCGCUGAAGCCGGUGUUACUACCAGCUUGCGUGAAGUCAAACUUGACAACAAGUUGAAGCUGAUCGAUUCGCCUGGUAUCGUCUUCCCCAACGCCACGGAAGGAUCCAAGGAAAGCAAGAUACUGCAGAAAGCGCGUCUAAUCCUUUUGAACGCUGUUCCACCAAAGGAGAUUGAUGACCCUGUGCCCGCUGUCAAUCUGUUACUGAAGAGGCUGUCAUCAUCCGAAGAACUUUUCACAAAGCUCAUGAACGUGUAUGAUCUGCCUCCUCUUCACGGUGUUGGCAGCGACAGGACCACCGACUUCCUGGUUCAAGUUGCGAGGAAGAGGGGACGGCUUGGGAGGGGAGGUGUGCCGAACCUCCACGCCGCAGCUCAGACCGUUAUCAACGACUGGAGAGAUGGUCGUAUCACAGGAUGGACCAGCCCACCAAAGUACGAUGCCACCGCAGUCCCAGCUCUGGAUAAGAACAAGACUGCCCCUGCCAUCAAGGGUGGCCUCGUAGGAGAUCAGAAGGAGAUUGUCAAGGAAUGGGCUGCAGAGUUCAAGCUCGAGGGUCUUUGGGGCGAUGAGCCAAAGGAAGCAGAGGCCUCAGAGGCAAUGGAGAUGUGA